GAAAAUUUCCCAAUUUUUUUUUGUUGCUUUUUUUACACUUCUUUUUGGUUGUUUCCCUUUGUUUUUCUUUUUUUUCUGCGAAAAAGAGAUUCAAGCACAAGGUCCUGUUAGGCUUGGUCCGGCUUUUCGUUCUUCAUUAAACCCCGUGCAUUCCAGCUCAGUUUUACCAAAAAAACGAGAAGCGAUUAUCCGACUGUUCGUGAUUGUCGCUGUUUAGUUUGACCUUGCUAUGAGAGGUCGAAGCAAAGGAAACAAAGUCAUUGACAUUCGUCUCAAAGAAGAAAAGUUUUACUUUCCAGGCGAAGUUAUCAAAGGCGAUGUUAUUGUGCAUCCCAAGAGUGCCACGAAAACGAACCACAUUGUCGUUCGGUUCACGGGCGAAAUCUUUUUGUCUGUAAAGGACAAGGAAACUAUCAAUCUAUUCCAAAACACAAAGAUACUUCCUGUUUCCAAGAUCGAAGGCAGCAAAACCCAUGUCUUGGAACCACGGCAACACAAGUUUUCAUUUGAAUUCACCGUACCCAACGAUCUCAAUUUACCCAGCAGUAUGGAGUUUGGUAAACGAAAGGCACGCAUUCGAUAUUGGAUUACCGCCAUUCACGAUCGACCCAUGAUGCCUGAAUCGCUUUGCGCCAAAGCCGAAUACAUUGUUCCUAUUUUGGAAUUUGUCGAUAUCACCACACCGGUUUACGCCAAACCACAAGAGAAAGCAAUUGACCUUGUAUUACCCCAUGCAAAGUAUAAUCAAAAAUGCCAGCUUAGCCUCUCUAUCCCGCGCUUUGGCUACACAAGAGGUGAUAUCGUACCUUUACGUAUUGUUGUCAAUCAUUUUGAACCUUUCACACGAGAGCAAGCCUUGGAAGUAGAAUUAGUAAGAACCGUCGAAAUCCGCACGUGCAGAAAUACCGUCUUCAAAGAGCACAUUUUACGAUCCACGAAACAUGAUGUCAAAAUCCUGGGCCCUUACAAUUUCUCGAUAUCGAUCAAUUGCCAGUUACUGAUUCCCACAUCGACUCCACCCACCAUUCGUUACAAAGAUAAAAUGCUGCAUAUUCACUAUAAAGCACGGGUGCGACUCAACUUGACCGGCAAACCGUCUACGGCCGCGCAGCAGUCGUGGCUUGAAAUGCCCAUUAUUGUAGGCACAUGGCCACGCGCCUCGGUACCGAUUGACGAUGAUGAUGAUGACGAGAUAUCGGAACGCAUGGGCGUCAUGAUGCUUAGCGAUGAUAUGGAUAGUGAUACCGAAGACAAUGACAGUUUUUACGAAGGGAAACGAGGAAGCGAAGAUCGGUUAGCCUUACAGAUCAAACGGCUUUCGGUGGCCUCGAGUUCUUCAACCACUUUUACGUUACGUAAUGCGAAAAGCAGCACCGCCGUAGGCCGUUCAGAUUCCACGGCUUCGCGGUCUUCCAACAAAUCUCAUGGGUCCAUGUCCUCCUGGCGAUCCAGUCAAUCCUGGGGCGAGAAUAAUGCACCCUUAUCACGCAACGCCUCGCUGGCCACCACCGUGUCAGCCCCAGAUUAUCAGAAACAAUCCACCACGGCGUCGUAUCGGACCAGCAUUGUUGGUCAACCAUCGCUGCCGCCCCCAGGUAUGUAUGGCGGCGGUAACAUCAACCUCAACCGAUCUUCCUCCACGCCCGAUCUCUUGGCUCAGCCUGUGAACCACCCUCCUCCUUCAUCCAAUAAUGGGUUCAAAGGUUAUCCUCGAAGCACCUUGGGAGGGCCGUUGAUUGCUCCCUUGACACCACAUCAUGAACCUGGAGCGGUCGAUCCGUAUGCAUCCAACGUGGCGAUGCGGAACCGGCCAGUCAAUGCUAUCCACACCGUUAAUCCACCUAUCUAUCAUCCUACGACACCAGCGCCCAUGGGUAACCAGGUCACGGCUCCCACGCCCAAUCGCCAUUCUCGCAUGCGUUCCGACGACUAUCGAUAUUCUCACCUUCAACCUAUUCCCCCUUCCUCUCCUCCAGUGAUGCGAUCGCCCAUUUCACCGCAAUCGCCCGUGAGUGGUUCGACCCAACUCAACGUUCCAACUCAUAUCCUUCAGCCUAUGCCGUCGGCGUCCAAAUCGUACACGACCAUGUACGAUCGCCACCGGUCGACUUCGGAAUAUUCCAUGCGUGAUGCCGCCCGACCGCGGCGCCCCAGCAGCGGUGCCUCGUUUGGAAGCAAACCGCCGCAUCGCAAUUAUAAUUAUUCAUACUACGACGACAUGUCGGAUAGUGAUCAGGGGAUGGGGAACCCUACUUCGCCAACACCAUCGGACUCAUCAGACGACGACGACGACGAUGACAAUGAUCUGUUCCGCAUCAUUGAAAAGAAAAAGAAACAAGCUGAAAGAGAAGCGCGUCAAAGACAACGCAUGGUGUACACGGUGGCCGAAUAAAAUGGCGACACGAUGAAUGAUGAACCUGAUCAUCUCUUUUUUUCUUAUAUCUCUUUUUUUGUUUUCUCCUUUUCCUCCCGCAUACUUACACACACACACUCACCUCACAUAUAUACACGCAAAUCCCCCUCCGGUACAGUAUAAUUUACUUUGUAAAUCGACUUAAUUGUAAAAGAAACUUCUAUAUUAUAAUAAUCUUUUUUUUUCUUGCCUGUUUCUUUUCUGAUAACGGUGUACGUAAUACAUAUUGUGUAAUGUCUCUGGACCGAUGGAUUGUCUGAUGGAUUUAAUUUGGCAUUGAAGCAAGAAUAGGAA